AUCGCUUUGCUAGAUGAGACAUCCUCAGAGAAUACUCGUUCUGGCCUACUUCGUAUUGUCACCUACAAUCUGCUGGCCGAAUUCUACUCCACAAGAAAGCUGGCUGAGACCAAGCUUUUUCGGCACUGUCCACUUCGCUACUUGGCUGCGGCCUAUCGUCGCCCUUUGAUUUUGCAUGAAAUUAUCUCAUAUAAAGCGGAUUUCCUCUGUCUACAGGAGGUCGAUUCAAGCUUUUAUUCAGCCCUUCGCCAGCUUAGUGGUCGUUCGCUGUGCUCGGAAUCUUCUCGAGAGAGAGUUAAAGACCACAACUACAUGUCCUGCAUGGAUGCAAUAUUCCAGCCUAAGCUUGCACCAUCAUCUGAUAAUAUGAACGAAUUGACAACUGAGAAGGUAGACCAAUUUAAUCAGGACUUGCAAUAA